UCCCUUAAACGCAGCGCCGCCACGCGUAGCCUUCAGUCAACAUAAGCAAGAAAAUCAUUCUUCAUUCCUUUCCACGAUUUCCUUCAUUCCUUCCCCAUGGCUGGUAAUAUUCAAGGGAAUGUCUCUUUCAAAUCCGUUGAAAUUAAAAUCUUCAAGAAAAACUUGCUUCUUUUGUGGUGUCAAUUAUCAGGAUGAAAACAAAAGAAUUGGUAUUUUUGGUGUACCUAAGAACAAGUUUUCUAGUUGGCAAUUAAUCAUUCCAGAGCUGAAGCAAGCAUCGUUACUGUGUGAAAAGCAUUUUGAUGAGUCAGAUGUUUUAAAAGGAUUUACAGAUGGCACAGUGUAUCAUCCCUAUGGAAGAUGGAGAUUAAGUAUUUCUGCUGUUCCUCAACAUUUCUUGGGUAUAAAGGAAGCUUCUUCCAAAGUAGUCAAACGUACUCCUCUGAAACAACUGUUUUCAGUCAACACACAACAGAAGAAACGUGAUGGCAUACAAGCUAAAAUUUCUAGUGUUCAUUCUAUGUCCAACAAUCACCAAAACCUACCAUCACCUCUGAGUAAUGGAGCAAACAGACACAAACCAUUAAAAAGAACUGUUGGUACCGAGAAUACACCACCUAACCAACAUAACAAAAAAUUGAAACUUAUAAGCCACCAAGCACCUAGUCGUGUUUCUAAAAGCAAUACUCCAUUUCAAUCGGUUGCUUUACCAACCCUACAACAUCCAGAAACAGAAAUCAUUGGUGGCAUUGAUCUGAUGGAGACUGGUGAGCCUUUUAAGUUUCUCAUUGAGACUGAAACCACACGAGACACUGCUAGUUGUAAUAGGCCUACUACUACUCCAUUUCAAUUGGUUGCUUCACCGCCACAACAAGAUCCAGAAACAGAAAUAAUUACCUACAAAACAACAAACCUUCAAGCUGUCCAAGCAUUAUUCGUUAGUCUUCCUGUUCCUCAUUCCAAUGAAUUGUUGUCUCUACCACCAGAAGCCACAGAAACUACUCACAGCUCAGAUGUAACUACAGCAAAUGAAACUACGGAUGCAGAAAUAGUUGUUGCCCCAACUGUCAGGAAAAAGCCAAAAAGAGUUUAUCGAAUAAAGGCACCAACUUACUGCAAAUGCCAUAAAGAAAUAAAGGGGAAGUGUGCACCCUGUCAGAUAAGGGAACUAAAGAUGCUUGUACAGGAAAAGGACAAACAACUGAAGAUUGUGAGGAGUUAUCAAGUUAAAGCGACAGUUGACUUAGCAAAACUAAAAUGUAAAUUGAAGGAAAAGGACAAAAAACUGAAUACGUCAUCGAAACAAUUGGCGAGAAUGCGUCAGUAUGCGGUGGAUUGCGUAGAAACCAUCUCUAAGCUAAAGGAUGACGUUGCAACCCUUACCAAAAAUCAACUGGACGAGAAAAUUAAGCAUCUAACUCACGGAGAAAGAGUCAUCAUCAACACCUUCAUCAUGAAGGGCAAAGCUGAGCUUAAGGCUGAUACUGGAAGAGCUUUCUGUUCGCUAUGUGAAUGUUAUGGACGACGAAAUGUCUACUGACGAAACCAAAGAUGAAAUGAUUUAUGAUAUGUGCGGUUAUCUUCUGAAAACUCGUGAUACCGUCUGGACUAACUGUGAUGAUUGCAAAAAAGGUCUUAUCACAAAAUAUGAAGACUUGCCUCUAACGUUCUUGUCCGCCGAGUACACUGCUGAAAGAAAUCACGGGGGUUUAACCUUCGUAACUGUCAAUUUUUUUAAAAUAAUUCAAAAAGUUGAAAAUGUGAUAACCAAUUUUUUUGAUAACGAUACUCAUAUUUAUGUAACGAAUUGCUAUGAGGAAGUCAUGUCAGAGUUAUGUAAAUUAAAUGUUUUGAAUGUUUGCUGUGAUAAACACGAAGAUUCCUUGCCCUAUUUAAUAAUGCAAUAUGUACAUAUUCGUUUUCACACAGAGUCUAAGCGAUUUCGAAACAUACAUCUGUCUAGUGAUCGAACGCAAAUGAAAACUAACAAAAAAUUGUCAAGAAUCCCAAAAAGUGCUGAAAUUCAAUGUGAAAAAGUCAAAGAAAAAGAAACAGCAAAUACAACGGAUAAAACUUAAA